AUGGCCGAAUCGCCUCCUCUCCCAAUCUCCACUCCACACGCCCACACUGCCCCAGCCACUCCCCCGAUCGCCACAUUCGCAUUCCGCGCCUUCAUCUCCAGCCUCAGCUCCUCCCUCCGCCAAGGCUUUUCCGACCGCCGCCCCUGGUCGGAGCUCCUCGAUCGGAGCUCAAUUUCCCGACCCGAAUCCCUCUCCGACGCAUACUCCCGGAUCCGCAAGAACGCUUCCUACUUCCGCGUCAACUACGUAACCCUAAUCGCACUCGCACUUGCUCUCUCACUCGUCACUCACCCUUUCUCUCUCCUCGUGCUUCUCUCUCUCCUCGCCGCGUGGUCCAUCCUCUACCUAUUCCGCCCCUCCGACCAGCCACUCUUCCUCUUCGGCCGUACCUUCUCCGACCGGGAGACCGUCACCGCCCUCGUCGUCCUCACCGUCUUCGUCGUCUUCGUCACCAGUGUCGGUGCUCUCUUGAUCUCCUCCCUCACCGUUGGUUUAGCCGUCGUGUGCUUGCACGGCGCGUUCCGUGUACCGGAGGAUCUUUUCCUUGAUGACCUGGAGCCUCGCAAUGCCGGAUUGCUCUCGUUCCUCGCCGGCGGUCCGGCCGGUUCGCGCUUGUGAGCAUAGGGUUCUGGAUUGUCUCGGAGGUUUUGUUCUGAUUAAUUAGUUGAACUUGUAGCUUCUAUUCAUUUUAGGUAAUUGGUAAUUUUCUUCUUAUACCACA